AGUCGUGGACUCUGGGCCUCUGUGACUAUUGUUCACCAUUGUGAAUCUCAAAUUGAGAUUGAGAUUCAGAGUGAGAGAGACUCUUGCUUCUAAAGACCACGGAAAGAUGCCUGUACUCUCUGUCCUUACUCCCGUUGCCGGAGGAGUAAUGAGCAAGGUGGCUUUACUUGCUACAGAUCAGUUGAGACUCGAUAUCAUCUGGGGGUUUCGCAAAGAGAUAAAAAAGCUCAAAGAAACUUCAACUCUGAUUGGAAAUAUAAUCCAUGAUGCCGCUGAUGAUGAAGCUGAAGAUCGGAAACCGCUGGCAAGGGCCGAGUGGAUGAAGAGGCUUAUAAGCGUAGCUUAUAAUGCAGAAGAUAUUCUGGAUGAAGUACAAUAUGAAGUUCAUCGCAUCAUUAUAAAGGAGACAAGCCUCGAUAAGAAGGUACUCGGCUUCUUCUGCAACAAUCCUGUUGUAUUUCGUCUCAAGAUGGCACGCAAGAUUUACAACAUCAACACAUCCUUGGAGGAUCUCAACAACCAAGCAGCUGGCGUGGGACUUGUCAGAUCAAAUGGAGGGGCAGCAGGCAGUCAAGGUAUGCAGGACAGGGAAACAACUUCAUUCUUUGAGAAAAAUGAAUUCACCUUCAAAGAUGCAAUCACUGUUGGAAGGGAUCAGGUUGUGUCAGAUAUAAUUACAACCUUGUCCAACUCCAACAAUCAAGAAAAUAUUCUUUCGGUGAUGGCCAUUGUGGGAUUGGGAGGCCUAGGUAAAACAACUUUGGCUCGCUUAAUUACCAAGCAACUGAAAGAAGGUGAAAUGGAAAAGCACUUUGAUACAACGCUCUGGGUGUACGUAUCUAAUAGUUUUCAUGUCAAUUCAAUUUUACAUCGAAUGAUGCAAUCAUGUGGCGUGACAGGAAUAGACUCUUCAAAUCGGCAAGCAUUGAUGGAAAGCCUCCAGCAAAAGUUGGAACAGAAAAGGUAUUUUCUUGUACUUGAUGACGUCUGGAAUGAGGAUGCUAAUAAGUGGAAUGAUUUGAAGAGUUGUUUGUUGCAACUAAAUUCUGCCAAAGGAAGCUCUGUGAUUGUCACCACCCGUAGAUCCAAUGUUGCAUCAAUCAUGGAAACACUUCCUAGGUGGAAUUUAGAAACUUUAUCGGAUGAUGAAUGUUGGUCCAUAUUGAAGGAUAGAGCAUUUGUAGAUCCUAAUGCUCCCAUAGCUUCAGAACUAGAGGAAAUUGGAAGGGACAUUGCGAAAAAGUGUGUUGGUCUUCCAUUGGCAGCAAAGGUUUUGGGAAGCUUGAUGCGUUCUAAGAACAGUAUGAAGGAAUGGUUGUCAAUUCUAGAAAGUCAGAUAUGGCAGUUAUCAUCCGACAAUGAGGAUAACAGGAUCAUGUCAGUUUUGAAGUUGAGUUUUGACAAUUUGAAAUCACCACUGAAGCAAUGUUUUGCAUAUUGCUCCAUCUUCGAGAGAGGUUCCUCAAUUGAAAGUGAUAGCUUGAUCCAACUAUGGAUGGCUCAAGGUUUUCUCCAUCCUUCUUAUGGUCACCUAACCAAGCAAGAGAUUGAAAUGGAGGAUAUAGGCAAUAAGUAUUUUGAGACUCUACUAGAGAACUCCUUGUUUCAAGAUGCUACACAGUAUGAGGAUGACUGUGGUGUUAUCAUCACCCGAUGCAAGAUGCAUGAUCUUGUGCAUGAUCUUGCAAACGAAGUAUCGAUAUGUGAUAGCUUGACGCCAGACUUCACUCAUGAGAAGGAUGAUCGUGAUAUAAUUAUUCGACGUGUUGCACGGAUUCCUACUGCAACGCUAGAAGAAAUGUCAAAAAGAAGUAUUUCAAGACUGCAAUCACUCUUUUUUAUUGGCCCUGUCUCUAAUACCAUUUUCCAAAAGCUUACAACUUUACAUGUCUUAAGUUUAUCUAGUUAUGAGAUUAAGAAGUUGCCAAAUUUACUUGGCAAGCUGAAGCACUUGAGGUAUCUAGAUCUUUCCGGUACAAAAAUUGAAGCACUUCCAAAAUCUAUUGGCAAGCUCUAUAACCUCCAAACAUUGAGAUUACCGCGGUAUCUCAUAGAGUGUCCAAAGGAGGUUCAACAUUUGAUCAAUUUAAGGCAUCUUUAUUGUGGUCUUAAGGGAACGAAAUUUAAGGCUGGGGUUUUGGAGCGGUUAACUAAUCUCCGAAGAUUGUCUUCCUUUAAUGUGGGUAAGAAGAGAGGUCCUGCAAUUAAGGAGCUGGGUGGGUUGAACCAAUUGAGAGGCCACUUAAUUAUUUGGAACCUUGAACAUGUAAGGGGUGGAAAAGAAGCAAAGAAGGCUCGCUUAGUGCAGAAGAGUCACUUAAGCAAGUUGACAUUUGGAUGGACAUACAAAUACGAUUGGCUACCUAAUGAAAAGCAGACGGAUGUACUAGAUGGCUUGGAACCUCAUGGUAACUUGCAAAGCUUGAACAUUGAGAAUUUCAUGGGUGCUAGAUUUCCGUCAUGGAUAACGAGUCUCCAAAAUUUGAAGCAGAUUCGAUUAGUCAACUGCAACAAUUGUGAAGAAGUCCCAACACUCAGCCAUCUACCUAAUCUAACAUCUCUUGAGAUUGACUGGAUGGUAAAGCUGAAACGUGUGGGAGCUGAGUUUUAUGGUUUUAGUGACACUAGCACGACUUUAUUUCCAGCUCUGAAAACACUAUCUAUCUAUGAGUGCGAAGAGCUCAUUGAAUGGAUGGAAGCACCGAGGAUAUCAGCUGAAGGAGAAGUCGUGAAGGUAUUUCCUUGCCUCGAAGAGUUGAGGAUAGAGUGGUGUCUCAGCCUAGAGUCGAUUCGGAUCACACAAGGCAUCGCAUCUCUCCGUCAAUUGAACAUCUUGUGGUGUAAGGGAUUAUCAAGCCUAGAGGUUGGGCUCGAUUACUGCACCUCUCUUCAGGAAUUGAACAUCUUCAAUUGCGGUAAUCUGACGACAAUUCCAACCGCACGAGGCAUGCCGUCUCUCCGGAAAUUGAGGAUUAAUAGGUGUGGGGGAUUGUCAAGCCUAGGAAGUGGACUCAACUACUGCACCUCUCUUCAGGAAUUGAAGCUAUGGAGAUGUGAUAAUCUAACAUCAAUUCCAAUCACACAGGGCAUCACAUCUCUCCAGCGCUUGACGAUUGGUUCUUGUCAGAGAUUAUUAAGCCUACCGAGUGGGCUCCAAUUCUGCACCUCUCUUGAGGAUCUGGUUAUAAGGGAUUGCUCUAGUCUAGUAUCGAUUUCAGUAUCAUAUGUGAAGUGCGACCACCCGGACUCAACGAAUCAACCGGAGGAAAUUUCUCAAGGUGUUGAUGCUUAUUUGUCUUUACAGGAGGAGGAUUGCCAUACUGUAGAAUCUAUUCCACCUAAUCUUCGUCACUUGUUGAUAUGCCAUUGUGGGAAAUUCAAAUUUGUGCCCACACGGGGAUUCCACGGCCUCACUCGUUUGAAGAAGCUGACAAUUGGUGCGUUCUGGGAGGAGCUGGACGCCUUCCCUGAUUUUCAGCUUCCACCUAAUUCACAACUUGAACGGUUAGAGUUGAGGGGGUGGCCUAAGCUCAAGUCUCAGCUACCUCAACAAAUUCAGCACUUGACUUGUUUAAAAGAACUCUGGAUAAGUGAUUUUAAGGGACUAGAGGCUCUUCCUGAGUGGUUGGGAAAUCUUACAUCUCUUAAGGCUCUGAGAAUCGUGGGUUGUGAGAAUCUCGAGUAUCUGCCUAGACUAAAUGCUAUGAAAAGCCUCACCAAAUUGGAGUGGCUCCAGAUUACAGAAUGUCCCCUGCUCCAGGAAAGAUGCACCAAGGAGACUGGCCCAGAUUGGCCCAAGAUUUCUCACAUCCCAGCCGUUCACCGUAUAGCAUCAACUAUAUGAAUGAGAAGCAUUCCACUUAAGUGGAAGUUAUGCAAUCAAUAUAUGCACUGAGGACAGCCGACAUGAGUGGCUGACAUCUUAUAUUCCAAAGGUAUGCGUUGAAGCUAUGAGAGACCUUCAUAAACUAGCACAGAUUCAUGGGGUUCAAGUUCCAGGGGAAACAUAUGCCUGGAGUGUUUGAAAUUUCAGUUGUGCAUGAAUAUUACGUCCAUUCACAUUCUAAGUUAAACCAGUUCCUAAAAUCAUUGUAAGCUUUUCAAACCAGCCUCUACCUCUGCUUCCCUCCUGGUGUUCCUCUUUAAUUUGAUUCACCAGUUUUAAAAUGCAUUGUUCUCUGCUCUAUAGGCUAUUUACUUGCUACAGUUUUUCCCAGGGCUGGCUUUAUAGUUGUUUUGGCAUAAUUUGAAAAUUCUCACCAGGCCGCUCUAUCCUGCUCAAAUGGAACAACAACUUAACUGGAUCUGGUGCCAACUAAGUACAGGUACUUCAGUUCUCCAUCUUAUGUAUGUUUUCGUUUCAUUGAAUGGCUGAAUGCUAUGCCUUCUCAUGCAUGUUCUGUUUUAUUCCUUUUAUUUUCCCUCAUUUGUUGGUUUUUGUUUUUCUUCUUUCUUA